AUGCUACCUCAAUCUCAUCCCACUCUUCAAAAGGGCAUGCGAAAAGGAACACGUAGUUGUUACGAAUGUCGGAAACGAAAGGUUCGAUGUAUUUUCACGAAAGAAUCCGAGAUAUGUGGAAAUUGUGAAUUGAAAGCUCGAAGAUGUACUGAGCAGAGAAGAGAACUGAUCCAAGCGGGAAAUGUUUAUACGAGAGAGAGUCUUAGAGAGAAGAUUAAGAGACUUGAAGCGGUGAUUGAAGAUUAUGGUAGGAAGAGUAGUAGUACUGCUCCUGAUGAGGUGAAUAAGAGUUUGAAUAUUGACUUGGGAGAUGUACGGGAGGAGAACCACAGUUCGGAGUCUAUUCCGUUGGAAUUGGGAGCGAAACGUACACCAGCAUCUACCCCAUCGUCACUUGAGACUCCAGCUUCAGUUGAUGAAACUUCCUCUCAAGAUAUCGAUCCCAUCGUGACACUUUUCCAUAACGCUAUCUGGAGAAGCCAUAGCUCUGAUUUAAUUCCUGAACGCAUUUCUAAGCUUGACAAAGCUGAAAAUCCAGCAACUGCGAAGAAACAUAUUCGGACUCGCGAAUUAUUGCUUUCUGGUCUUAUUCCCCCAGCACUCCGUGAAAUAGUGGUCAACGCAACAUGUUCCUGGUGGUAUACAUGGCGACCACUUGGUUCCAUGCUCCAAUCAUCAACCGGUGACGUGAGUUCAACACUUCCAGAUUUUAUACUCUGGGCUCUUGAAUCACCUGAUCCACCGAUAAUUGGUAUAGCAAUACUUUGUAUUGCAGUUUGUCUUCAACAAUUAGAUACUCGAAUCCAUCAGUAUAUUAUUCGUCAACUCCCUUCCUUACCCGGUACACUAUUUCAGGAAUACUUUGAAAAGGUAGAGAGACUUGUUGUAAAUGAUGGAGAUUAUGCUAGUACAAAAGAGGGUAUUGAGACGAUUGUUUUUGCGGCCAAGAUCUACAUGAAUCUCGGUCUUAACAGAAAAUGCUGGAUUUUAACCCACCAAGCAAUAUCCUAUAGCCAACUUCUCAAUCUCCACCGUCCACAUCUUUCCACCGACAAAAAUUCCCUCGAAAGAAAUCAAAGAAUACAAUCUUGGCUUUCCUUAUGCGCAGGAGAUGUAUAUCUCUCACUUCUUCUUGGACUUCCUUACGCUGCAGAUGGUCGUACCAUUCCUACCACUCACAAUCAAGAAAACCCUACCGCCCAAUUCCACCACAACCUCAUCAUCCUUUCCUCCAAAGUAAUCGAUCGAAAUCAACGUGGUCUCCACCUCUUCAUCCCCCGCACCCAAAAAAUCCAAACCUCCCUCCACACCAUAACCCAAACCCUCCCCCCCGCAUUUUGGGACCCCCAAACCACCCUCUCCCAAAACAAAAUCUCCCGCCCAGAAUACCUCGAACAAAUCGCCGCUCAAUGUUGGUACUACCACCUCCUCGUCCUCCUCCACAUGCCCCUCAUGCUACAAUCCAUCCUCGAUCCCACCCUCGAAAACCACCGCACACAAUGUCUCAGCGCCGCACGCAAUCUCCUCCGAAUCUGGCACAUCAUGCGCUCGGACAUGCACAGCGCAUUCGAAAUGGUAAAACUCAUCGACUACCAAGCAUUCGUCUGUUCCACCCUCCUAAUCCUCAGCAUGCUCGGCUACGGAAGCUGCGAGAAUGGAGGAAGAGAUGAAGAUGAAAAUGAAAAUGAACAUCACGAUCGAGAGUUGCUCGCGCGUACGAUUGCAAUGCUCGCGCAAGCGGGAGAUUCACUCGGGAAUUUGGUCGCGAAACAAGCGGUGCAGGGAUUGGAAAGUUUGUUGCAGAUGGGGAGGGGAAAUUGUCCGAGGAAACAGGGGGGGAAGAUGGGGGAGGGUGAGGAUUUCUCUAUGGGAAGUCCGUACGCGAAAAUCGUGGUGCCGUAUGUAGGUGUGAUUACGAUUUCGCCGGGGGAGUAUUAUGAGAAUAUUGAAGCUGCGGUUGAUGUUGUUACGGGAAUGCAAACGGAAAUGCAUACUCAAAAUCAAACUCAAACUCAAAAUCAAAGUACCCCAUUUUCAUUUUCACUAGAAAGUAAUCCCAAUCCCAAUCACGAUCAAGAUCAAUAUCAUGAGGCAUUGCGAAACGGAGAUGCAUCAAAUCAUCAUAAUACAAACACGCGAUAUGAAGAGCCCGGUACGUCUGGAGAAGCGAGAGAAGUACCGGGAGAUACACAGGGACAGAGACAGAUACAGAUGGAAUGGACAUCGAUUGAUUUUGAUUGGGCGAGCAAUCUGACGGCGGGGUUUGAAGACGAUUGGGCGUGGUUGAAUGGGUUGGGGGGUUUGUUGUUGUGA